AGAAGCCAAACCUCGCUGAGUUUUGCGUUAGUUUAACGAGUCCGCAGCCGACGAAAACGUCUUAAACUCCCGGUAGACAUUCAACUAGCUAACACUUUUUUCUGCUCAGAAACAGUUAACACCGUCGGUAACCGGACCGGACACAUCCGGGAGAUGAAGACGCUUUAGGGCGACCGGUAGCUUUGAUGUUAGAUGCACCAGGUUCGAUUCCUGGCAGGCGGGUCAUACCUUCCCACAAUCGCAGGCAGUUUUGUGGGAAUCCGGUGAGGGAUCGCAUCCUUGUCCCUGAGGACAGUCCGGCCGGUAAAGUGAUGUGUGUACCUGCGCUGAUGGAGACGCUCUGAGGGUGACAGUGGGAGUCAGUAGUCCUCACCCUUCCUCCCCCCCGAAGGCUGCACAGAUGUUUUCGCUUGGUCAGGAAAACAUCUCCACCUCCCCUGCUUCCACCAAAGGACCAGUCAAAUAUGGAGAGCUCAUUGUGCUGGGGUGUAACGGCUCUCUGCCCAGCGGUGACAAGGGGCGGCGGAAAAGUCGCUUCGCUCUGUGUCGCAGAAACAAGGCCAACGGCGUGAAACCCAGCACUGUCCACACGUCCUGCACCCCUCAGGCUGCCAAGGCUAUAAGCAACAAGGAGCAGCACAGUAUUUCAUACACUCUGUCCCGGGCACAGACGGUGGUGGUGGAGUACACCCACGACAGCAACACAGACAUGUUCCAGAUCGGUCGUUCCACGGAGAAUCCCAUCGACUUUGUGGUGACAGACACGGCGCCGGGUGGUCAGUGCCAUGCUGACGGCCACACAGUUCAGAGCACCAUCUCCCGCUUCGCCUGCCGCAUCAUCUGCCAAAGAAACCCGCCUUACUCUGCGCGGAUCUACGCCGCAGGCUUCGACUCCUCCAAGAACAUCUUCCUCGGGGAGAAGGCAGCCAAGUGGAGGAUGCAUGACGGUCAGAUGGACGGACUGACCACCAACGGGGUUCUGGUGAUGCACCCGCGCCACGGCUUCAGCCAGGACUCUAAACCUGGCCUGUGGAGGGAAAUCUCAGUCUGCGGCAACGUCUUUACCCUGCGGGAAACCAGAUCUUCUCAGCAGAGGGGCAAGAUGGUGGACUCUGUCUCUGAGUCUAAUGAGCUGGUGGAUGGCUCGCUCAUCGACUUGUGCGGCGCCACCCUGCUGUGGCGGACGGCCGAGGGCCUGGCGCACACACCCACCGUCAAACACCUGGAGGCGCUGCGGCAGGAGCUGAACGCCGGGCGGCCGCAGUGUCCCGUGGGCUUCAACACGCUGGCCUUCCCCAGCCUUCGGCGCAAAGAUGUCCUGGACGAGAAGCAGCCCUGGGCCUACCUGCGCUGCGGCCACGUGCACGGCUACCACGGCUGGGGGGGGCGCCGCAACCCCGAGGUGGAGGCGGAGUGUAAGGAGAGAGAGUGCCCUAUGUGCCGGGCGCGGGGCCCCUACGUGCCGCUGUGGCUGGGCUGUGAGGCGGGCUUCUACGUGGACGCGGAGCCCCCCACCCACGCCUUCGUCCCCUGCGGUCACGUCUGCUCGGAGAAGACGACGGCGUACUGGAGUCAGAUCCCGCUGCCGCACGGCGCGCACACCUUCCACGCCGCCUGCCCGUUCUGCAUCCAGCCGCUGAGUGAGUCCGGCUGCAUCAGACUCAUCUUCCAAAGCCCGCUGGACUAGAAACCACUCAGACUUCUUAUCUCAAGCCUUCACCAACAGAAGGGUGGACAGAGCAAUAUGAUUUGAGUUUUCAUAACUUUAUUUUAUAACUUAAUUUAACUUAAUUUUGACCAAUAUAAACACAUUUAUUGGGUUGAUUCCUGCCCUUUUUUUAAUAUCAUACAUGAUUCAGGCAGUGGUGUCCUCCUCUCUUCCCUGGACAGCUGCACAGAUGUUUGCUUUGCCUUACACUUUGUAUGUUCCUUUACCUCUUCAGUAAUGUUUUUUUGUAAAUCAGUGCAGAAUUUAACAGCUGUAAUGUUUCCCAGAUCACUGCCUCACCCUGCCUCAAAGAGCCAGUUUGGUUUCAGUCGAGUGUUUUAAAGCUUUUCUGUGGGAAACAGAAGAAUAUUCAGUUGUGGCACAAACUGGACCUUUUAGUGAGCCAUAACUUAUUUAUGUGUUUGAUCUUUUUCUCUGAAAUCAAGCGACCUCCCUCUGUAAUGCCGUUGCCUCUUUGAACACAGAAUAACUGUUAUUUAUUAUCUCAAUACAAGCUUUGUACCAUGACAUAACAAAAACAUAUUUCUUGGGAAACGUUUUUAAGCUGCAGAUUGAAUGUAAUUUUUUAAACAAAAUAAAAAUAUACUACAGGCAUGGAUGACAAUAAACCAGCAUUACUCAGUAGUUACAUGAGGACUUAAUAACACUUACUGUCCCAAGUGCUCUUAAAGGAAUAUUUCAGCCCGCAGUGAAAAUCCAGUCACUGCUCUCGUACAUGUGCUUUUGCAUAAAUGUAAACAAAAAUCUGUUUACAUUCAUGAUAUAAAAAGGAAACUAUACAAUAAUUAAAAUAUAUACUAAUAUCUCCAACAAGAUAUCUCAACAUCUCCUGACCAGAGUACCAUGACGUGUCUGGAAGAGGAUUUCUGAUGUUAUUGGUGACUUUCUGACCUUUCCUCUAGCGCCACCAUGAGGCCAAACCUCCCACUUCUAUAUAAGAAACAUCAAAAUGCAUCGUAUAGUUUCCUUAAAAUGUCACCGAUCACAUUUCUGUUCCCAAGAGGAUGAACUGUUCUGAUUUGAGCUCUUUUUCUUGUAUCAGUAUGUUGACUUUGACUCUGUAAACAGAGUAGGAUCUGUUUAGAAUUAGGUGAAACUCGAGUUAAUUUUUGGAGGGAACGAUUCUUCAGUCAAACCAGUAAAACCUCAGCUGCUCUCAAUGUAAGUGGCCGCAGAUGCAUCAAAUACAACCUGCAGGAGGGUAAAUGUAGGACUGAAACAGAUUCUGUCCAGGUCGCUGACCCAUUUCAUGCGUUUCAGACUGAAGGUGUCUGUUCUUUCACCAGUUUGUCCUUCGUGUUUGUUUGUUGCCCUCACAGCUAUGCAGUCGCGCUGCACACUGAUUGUUUUUGUACCGAUUGCAAACAUUAAAAACACACUGCUGAUGUU